AUGGAAUACAACUCCGUCCACCGAGAACCCAGCCGGCAGACCAGCAGGGAGGCGAGUAUGGGAGAGGAAGGGGGGUCCGACGAGGUACACAAGGCUGGCGUGAGGAAGCCACAUUUUGGCCUCGAGAGGGAAGGCAGGGCCGUGAGACUAGCAGCAGAGAAGGCGCACAAGGGCAAGAGCAAGAACAACAGCUCACCGUUUGCGGUCUCUCAUACUGGCCCAUCGAAGAGGCAGCGUGAACCACGCAGGUCGUCACCAGAUUAUGGGCCAGAGAUGCGCCAGCCUCGCCGCUCGAAUCUCGACCCAGGCCGUCCUGCGUCUCGCUCCGGGCAGCAACAUCAACUUCCAGAGAUGUGGGGACCAUCAACGCCCAAGAACGCGAACGAGGAAAUGUACAACGAUCUCGACGACGAGGAGCCUCGGCCCGGUCCCUCUCGCCAACGACGCCGCCAACUCCCUCCCUCCUCCCCUCCGACCGAGGUCGCCUCGGCCUUGCCCGCUCUUCGCCCAAAGCUUAACCAUGAACGCCGUGAGCGUUCUAAGGCAGAUGAGCUUCCACCGAACGCUGGCAAGAGCUCCCGAGAGAGCCGCAAGUUAACCCCUACCUGCUUAAGCGUCUCGUCUGGCGAGGAGAACCAACCUCCACCGCGAACACGCAGCGACUCAUUUGCCGAGCACGCUCCACACCAUGGCAACAGCAGCACAGUGGGCAGGCCGUCUAUGACCAACCACUCGAACCAUUCCAACCAUCGGGGGCACCCAGCCAAUGGUCACACGCAGUCCAGUCCCACAAAGCGCACUGUUUUGAACAGUGCCCUUUCAUCCAGGCUUGUUUCUGACUCCGAUGAAGAGGAAGAAGAGCCCGUCGAGGACCGUCCAGAACCGGAGGAACCCAUCGAACAGUUCACGCCUACCCCAGACAAUCCCGAGAUCCCUGACCAGUCCAAAGGCAAGGGGGGCCCUACGGUACGAAAGCCGUUGGCGGCGGCGACGACUUCCUCCUCCUUUGCUGCGCCAUCCGGCCAAGGCGCGAAUCGGAAGAAAAGGGCUAUGCAAAGGAAGGACGGCACUACGGCCCAAGCCGAGUCCGUACCGCCGCUCCAGAAACCGAGAAGACUCAUCAACAUCCCAUCAUCGAACGUCAGCAACUACGUGCCCGCGGCAGUUGAAUUCUGCUUCCUAGUGGACGAGGACGGCACGAACUAUAAGGCCAGACUGAGCGCUGUAUCGCUCAACGCAACAAGCCGCCUCCUGGAACUGCACCGCAAGGCCGAUUCCAACGGUGUGUCGGCCAUGGCGGCCAUUCCCAUUGCAUGUGUGCAGGAAAUUGAGGUCCGUUUCGCUGUAGCGAUUACAGAACUCUGGACCCAAGAACUCCAGAGCUUGUUCAACGUUGUUGACCAGAGGCGAGAAACCACCUUUACAAACUGCACGUCAAUACAUCUCCACCUUGCCUCGGAGCAGGCGAGCGCGCCACUUCUACAGCGUCUUAUUGAUCUUUUCAAGAAUGACCUGCUCCGCAGGGACGUGGACCAGGAAGACUGCGCGCAACGGUUAAAUUACGUCGAUGCGAGUGCUAUUGCGACCUUCCGUACUGUGUACAACAACCCUGCAAACUUCCACGACGAACCAUCCAUCAGGCCUCGUCCGGUAAGGAGUGCGGCGGCCUCUCAUGCGAGUCAAGCCGCACUUGUUCGUGCAGCACAUUCAUCCAACGGCGGUCGCUCGAGGACGGACUCGGAUGCCUUCCACGCCAAGGGUAAAGGGAAGGAGAGGGAGAGGGAUCAAGACGGCCGCCAGUCCAAGCUUUCAUUUGGUACGGACCGCAACAGCACCACUGUCAUGUCCCGGCCUCGACGCAGCACCCGGGCCUCUGGCGCCCCACACCCCUCGCGGUAUUUGGAGAAGGAGGAGGAAGAGCCUGAUGACUCUGAUAUUACCGCCCUUGCUCCGCCUCACCGAAAAUCUCCUCGUCUCGACAAACACGACCUCCUGUUCCCCUAUCCACCUGAAGGCCGCGUAGACGUCAACAUCACCAAGGGCGAGAAGUACCGUCUUACAGACGGGGACUUCCUGAACGACGUCUUCCUCGAGUUUGGCUUGCGUUUCACACUUAAUGAGGCUGUCGAGCGCACUCCUGAUGUGCACGUGCACAUGUUCAACUCAUUCUUCUAUGAGCGUCUAGCCAAGAAAGACAAGACGAAGGCAUCCGAUGACCACUGGCCCGCGUACGAUACUGUCAAGAAGUGGACCAAGACUGCCAAGGUCUUCGAAAAGCAGUUCCUCAUUGUGCCUAUCAACGAGUCGUUCCACUGGUUCCUCGCCGUCAUUUACAACCCCAAGGGUAUUCUCAAGCCCAAAGCGGUGGUCGAGGCUGAUGAUCUGACCGAUCGUCCCGUCACGCGUGCCGCUGCCGCCACAGUUGCCGAGGACGAUGUGACGUCGACCAAGGACAGCGCCGCACCUUCCAACACUACAUCACCCAGGGAUGACGCGUUGCCCAACGAUAAUAUCUCAACCAAGGACGAUAUCGAUUCGUCCCAGACAACUCCAACUGUUCACAUGGAAUCACCAACUGCAGAAGCCGAAGAGGCGCAGGACGGUGAUAACUCCAAAGACCCUCUGGACGUGAUGAGCGAGAGAGGUGAUGGCGACGCCAUUGAGAUCGACCGCCCUACUGUCCUUUCCGACUCCGAGGGAGGUGACGGCGACGCCAUUGAGAUCGACCCCACUGCCGUGUCCUCCGACUCGGAAGUUCUCGUGGGUCAUGUUGAAAAGCUCUCACUGAGCCAAGAGCAGCGCAUGGCCGAGCGCGAGUCGGUGGACCUGCCUCUUCCUUCUCGGGCUCCGUCUCCUCAAGAGAUCUCUCCUCCUCCUCAGCCGAUCGCGAGCUUCGACUUUCAGAUGAUCAUAAACCAGGACAAUCCUGUUGCUCUCGCGCAGCUCGAGUCUGAACGUGGACCGUCCCCCAAGGCCGACGUAGUUGCUACCCCGAAGGCCCCCGAACUGGUUGAUCGUCAAAUCUGGAACAGCGACGAGUAA